AUGGCCUCCAGAAUGGGAUCCUCCUGGAAUAUAAUAUUUCUGAAUACCAACCUGAGACAAACCCGUGCCUCGGCCGGCCGAGGUCGGCUUCGGCUUAUUGUCAUCCAUAUAAAUCUUCCGUUUAAUAAUGAAAACGCUAGAAAGGAAUUCAUAUUCACUGAGUUUAACCGAGAUCGUAGUGCGGGCGAUGAGCUUGUUGAAAUACUGAGGCAUAGUGACCAGGAAGAAGCUGCAACAGCAUUGAUGCAGUAUAACCAGUCAAAGCCAUCAAGAGCUCACUGGCCAGAAGUACGGACCAGAUUUAUGCAAAACAUGGACCAAUUCCUACCACUCGUCACAUUGAGUCCAUUGUUUAUGACACUAUUGGAAAAACAUACCUGUGCUCAUAACCUAAUCAGGACACUACAAGGAAUUACCGAUAUAACCGCGAAAAAGGUGUUCAUAUUUACUGAAUUUAACCGGGAUCGUAAUGCGUGCUAUGAGCUGGUUGACUUUCUGAGGAAGUCUGACCAACCUGACGCCGCCCGGGAGCUGGAGCUCUACAUUUGGUGGACAGCACCUCUCGUAUACUCACAGGAUGUUAGGCUAACCGUUAAGAACGCAAACACCUUGCGCUCGGGCGCCUCCCGUUGGUUCGUUAUGGACGGGUACCCCCCCAGGGGGCGGGUAAUCGUGUUUCUACAGCUGGAUGAGCUCAAAAAGGAGGCAGAACGUUUUGACCACAUUUUCCAACAGCUAUACUUCUCGGUCGAUAUUCACGUGAACUACUCGUGCGAUCAGAUUCUGGACACUCUUAAGCUCGCCUCACAACAGGAGUUCAAAAAGGAUGCCAUAAUUGUCAUGUUUAUUGGCCAUGGGCACAAUGAAUUGAUCCAGGGUAGUGGUCAAGGCCAGGAUGAGAUUCAUAUUAAGACACUCGUGGAUCAGUUUUAUGAGAGGAAUUGUCACGCGACCUACAGACCUAAGCCCAAGAUUUUUAUAUUUAGUUGCUGUCAGACCAAUGAUAUCCGAAAUGUACAGCACUCUGUUGAGUGGGACUGGAUGGACGGCACCACUCGCACCUUCAUAUUAUAUGCAUGGGCUAAGGGUAUCCAUGCUAUUGAUGCAAAUGGAUACACUUUAUUUGGACAGACAUUCAGCCAUUAUAUUGCUGAAUAUGCGUGGGACUUGAAUUUGACACAAAUAUUUAACAAGACAGCGGAUGAAUUGAGCAAAGCUGAUGAGACUCAACGUCCGGAACUAAUUAUGAAGACUGUAGACAGGGAUUUGUAUUUCAACCCUGGUCUAUAUAAAGAAAAAUAA